GCCACUGGGCAGGAUUAACACACCGAACAUAAUCGCUUUCUAAACCGAGAGGUUCUGUUCUUGCAAUUUAAAGAUAAAUCUCGUUUCAUCAAUUGAAAUUGCGCGGCAAUCGUGCAUCUACUAAUUAUAUUCACGGAUUAUCUUGGCCCAAGGAAUCUAUUUUCCGGCACUCUGAUCACGUGUGACUUUUGGACAAUUGUCUCUGCGUGGAAGCACAGUUCAGGCAUACUUUGUGGAUUUGUAGGCCUGAAGGGUUAGUAGAGCAAGAGCUGGGACAAUUGGAUUGAAAGUAUGGAUCAGAGAGCCACGAUGGCGCAAAGCAAUGGCGUCGGAGAGGCGAAUCUUGCGAGAGGCACACCGCCGGGUGCUUCAGGUCCAUCAGGAGCCUCGAGAAUGGUAGACCCUCCUGGAAUACUGAGGAAUGCAGAGGCAAGAAUCUUGAAUCCAGACAUUCCGAAUCACUUGCCCCAUGAAAAGGUUUUCCCGAUUCAAAUCGGGACGGAACUUUUUCGGUUGAGUGGUGCUAGUUUGAGUUCUGAUGCACCCUCAUACUUUUCCCAAUAUUUUCAAUGUCAAUUGAGGUCAGCGGAAGAGAGAGGAGAAGAUCCAAAUACAGCUAUCAGGACCCUUUAUAUCGAUCGGGAUCCCAUCACGUUCAAAGAUAUAUCACUUCAUUUGCAAGGAUACCAUGUCGCACCAAGGGAUGCGAGUCAUUUUGUUAAAUUAUUUGCCGAUGCUCAAUUCUAUUCAUUACCAAGGUUGAUUUCUCAACUCUAUGAAGAAAAUAUCUUCAUAACAGUUGGAGAUCGAGAAUUCCAGUUUCCUCGCGAGAUAUUUUCUGAUCCCGGAAACAGUCCAAACUACUUCUCCCUGGGCUUCAGUUUCUUCUUCUUCAGCUCCCCUACUGAGAUAUUUCCUGGCCUAAGUAGAGAAGGUCUUCUUCGACCACCAUCUAUCCUCCCCCCAUCAGUACCCAACCGCUCUUCAAAGACAUUUUCCGAAAUUCUUCAUCUUCUCCGUGGCUACCCACUUGAAAUCCGUAGUCCAGAACAUCGUGCUGAACUCUUACGGGAUUGUCGAUAUUUCCAUCUUAAAGGUCUCGAACAAAAAUUGAUUCCUUAUUCCAUUUCUUAUAAUCUACUACGCAAAAAAUCAGAAAUUACAAUUCGACUCGCGGAUAUCAGACAAUCUGGCCUCUCUAUCCUAACAAAUAUAUCCCCAUCUACUGCUCCCUCUACUGAACCUCUCACCUCUUCAAACCCAUCCCCAACAUCAUCUGUAGGAUACGUAAACUAUCAACGCCCCUUUGCCGAUUCAUCGCCCUCCGAGCUUGUUCUCGAAAUAGGUGAUUCGGCUACAUUGCUUCACUGGGAUACUAUGCGCUUGGAAUUUUUCGGAGAAACGAAAAUACGGAUGGGUAGAUUGUUGGAGGUUGUUGCUACGAAACUCAAUUUGCCAGUUAAGCAGCCCUUGGGAUUAUUGAUGAAAAAUGGUGGCGCGAGCAGCGAGCCAGCUAGUCCGGGCAAGAGUGGGCUGAGUGAGGAGAUGGUAAAAGUGGUUGUUGGAGAAGACUGUGGGGUGGUGUGUGAUGGGAAGGUGGUUGAUUUGAAUGGGGCUACAGAUGAGAAUUCUAGUGUGGGUGGUCAAGGAAAUAGCAAGAAGAGGAGAAUAGGAGAUGGGAUUGCGCUUCCGGUAAAUAUGGAUGUAAGUUCAGGAGCAAUGAAAGAUGAAAGCUGGAUUGUGAAAUCGGGACAGUGGAGGCUGAGGGUUCAAAAUCAUGGGGGUGCUGUGCAAGGAGCGAGGAUGGGAGUGGGAGUGGGAGGACAGGCUUUGGUCAGUGGGAAGGCGGAGUGGGAAUGUGUGUUGGUGGCUGUGAGAUUGGAUGCUGUUAGUGGGGAAAGGGGGAGAAAUCUGAGUAGAGGGUUUCUGGGUGAGUAA